AUGGCAUUCGGUUUUUACAAAUAUCAAACACAAAGCUUCUUUAAUCUACAAUGCGCAUAAGCUUUGAAUCAGACUAUAGAUCCUUAUGAAAGAUCAAGAAGCAAAACCCCAAUUUCAAAUGACGCUGUUGUUAUUGGAGGAACAUCAAAUGCUAAAUUAGCCCAAGGUAUAAGUUAAUGUCUUGGAAUUCCAUUAGCCAAGAGUAAAGUGCUUCGCUUUGCAGAUGGAGAGACUCAUGUUAAAAUCCUUGAUAAUGUUAAUGGAAAACACAUCUAUAUUGUUCAACCUACAUGCACCCCAGUCAAUGAUAACAUUAUGGAACUUUUCCUGACAGUAAGCGCUGUGAGAAGAGCUGGAGCUGCAUCAGUUACAGUGAUAUCCCCUUAUUAUGGAUAUGCAAGACAAGAUAGAAAGCAUUACUGGAAUGUUCCCAUUAGUGGAGCAGAUGUAGCUUAAAUUUUGGAAUUUAUGGGUGUUCGCAGAAUAGUUUCAGUUGAUCUUCAUGUAUCUUAGGCUCAGGGAUUUGUUACAUCAAAUACCACCUUUGAUAACUUAGAAGGAGGAUUCGCUGGUUUAAAUUAUUUCCUUAAAGAGAUCCCAAACAAAAAGGACAUUGUUAUAGUAUCUCCCGAUGCAGGUGGAAUGCAUAGAGCUAAAAUUUUUCAUGGCCAUUUUGAGUAUCACGGUUAUGGCGCUGAUUAGAUAGGCCUUGCAAUGAUUCACAAAGAAAGAAAGGAGGCCAAUAAAGUUGACUCAAUGCAAUUGAUUGGAAAUGUUUAAGGAAAGACCUGUAUAAUAGUUGAUGACAUGAUAGACACUGCAGGCACUUUGUGCGAAGCAGCAAAGACUCUUAAAGAGAAUGGUGCUGAAAAAGUCUAUGCUUUUGCAACUCAUGGUUUAUUCAAUGGCACUGCAGCUGAAAGAAUAGCUAAUUCAGUAAUUGAAAAAGUUGUCACAACUGAUUCAAUUCCACUCAAGGAUGAGUUUGUAAAGAAAGUUGGAAACAAACAUGGCCUAGUGAGUCUAGAUCUUUUACUUGCUGAGACUAUCAGAAGAGUCCAUCAAAAGGAGAGCUUAGAUGAAUUGUUUUAGGUUCCUUAUUACUGA